GCUAACUCCUCCCGGCUGCCGUGUCGGCUGCUCUAAAACAAGCGCUCCUCUGUCAGUUUUCUGCUGGACGUUGUUUCACUUCCUUCAGUUCCUGUUUUAUCAGCAGAACUUCCUCAUUUUAGCACAACUAUGUUCUGAGUUCUUCACUUCAGCAGGAGCUUCACAGCCUCCGACAGACCCGUUCAGUCCCAGAACCAGUUUAAUGAGAGAACCAGUACAGCUGAUCCAGUUGGUCCAGUAACGAGAGUGGCAUGAACCUGGACGUCUCCCAGCAGCAGAUCUGACCUCUGGGUUUUUCCAGCGAAGGGCUCUGAAGAUCUGGACCAGAUGGCUGCAGGCGAGAGGCUCGGUUGUUCCAGCUUAACCACUAAGGAGCUCCAACAGAACUUGAAGCUGGCGAAGCAAAACGAGCGACCGGUCCGGCUGCUAUUUGAGAUCCCAUCCAGUCGAGUUGUGGAGCAGCUGCUGAACAAAUACGUGGUGUAUCAGAUCGUGGUGAUGCGCUCCGGCAGCUUUGAUUCCUGUUGCGUUUCCAUCGAGCGCCGCUACAGUGACUUCCUGAGGCUUCACAACAAACUGCUGGAGGAGUUUGACGAAGAGCUUGAGGAUGUUCUUCUGCCCCCGAAGCUCCUGACGGGAAACUUCAACCCAGAGAACAUUCUGGAGCGCCGCCUGGCCCUGCAGGACUACCUGGCCAAGCUGUUCGCAACCCGCUGCGUCAGACACUCCGUUCACUUCUCGGAGUUCUUCACCGAGCACGAGCAGAAGCAGGCCCACGUGCUACUGCGAGCGGGCCAAUUCAAGGCCGCUCUGGAGCAGCUCCAGACGGUCCUGGAGAUCCAGGAAAAGCUGCUGCCGUGGCAAAAGUCCACCCUGACCGUCCCCGCCCUCUCUGCCAUCGCUGUGUGUUACCGGGACCUGGACGAGCCGGAGCAGGCCUUCUCAGCCGCUCAGCGAGCUCUUCCUCCUGUGAGGCGCUACGGACUGAAGCCCUAUCGAGCGGCGCUGCUGGAGCUGCUGGUGGACCUGGGGUACCAGCUGGGUCGUCCCGUGGCUCAGCUGCAGGAUGAGCUGACGACCGUCAGGAACGGCGAGAGAGGAGAGGUGUGCUUCCGGUCGCUGAAGGAAGUGGUGAUCCACAAGUUCAUCUGAGGAAGAGCAGGAACCCAGACUUACCAGAGACCCUGUGAAGAGAAAGUCUGGGUUUACUGAAAACCUAAAUGGCCUCAAAGCAUAAAAAAGUUAAGAUUGAGAGUGAAUUCCCACCAGUCUGUUCAGUCCACUUCAAUCAAACUCCAGUUUGUUUGUCUAGAAAGUCUGGUUCAUUUGGGGAGGUUUGAAUGAGUGAACUCUGCUUCGUCUACAAAUUCAAAUACAUACGUGAAUACCAAGUGGACCAGAGACAUGCUAAAGAAGUUGCUGUAAACUGUUCCUUCUCCCCCCUCAGUCUGUCACUCUUUUGUUCUGGAUGUGUUCCUAUUCCAAAGUAUUUUGGAAACAGUUUUAUAACAAUGUUUAUUCAAAAAUAUCAGCAAACAUUUGAUUGCAUUGGGAAAAUGUUCUGUUUGGGCUUCAACAAAGGGCCAAAAUAAAUCCUAAAGAUUUAUUUAUUAACUUAUUAAUCAACCAUGAUAAGUUUUGAGGAGAAAGUUUGUUAUAACUGUUGAGUUUUACUAAUGCAUGCUUGCAAUCUAAUUUUUACCUGAUCAAAAGGGAAGAACAACCACAUGAUUUGUUCCUAACUAAAGAGUCUGGAUGAUCCAUCCAUCCAUCCAUCCAUUUUCUGUUCAGCCUUGUCCCUAAUGGGGUCCGGAGGGUUUCUGGAUGAUCCGUUGUCUUAAUUUAUUUUUACAUUAGGUUACUUGGCACGAACGUUAUUUUAUGUAGGAUUUUCUGUCAAUUCUGAUAUUUCUUUUAUUGUUAUUUAUGCUACCCCUCUCUAAUUUCACAUUCUUGUUUUUUUUUGUACAUUGUCACAAAUAAAGAUGCUUAUACAAUUAAUGAAAGAAAAGAAA